CCUACGGUCCCCAUAGACGGUUUUGUGUUUGUUUUUGACAUAGGGUAGAGUCACAUCUGUUACAUUAUCUGCAAUUUACCUCUACCGCUCACAUCAACCUGGUGCCCACUGUGAACCGGCGGCAAGUCGGCAGACAAAAACGGGCGGACUGAGAAAUGAAAUGAGGUUUUACUCCUUCAGAUUUGGAUGUCUGCUGGCUUUCGCGUGUUUUGUGUCGGUUACUUUGAUCAAAUCGAUUCCCAGUGAUGGAGGUUCAGCAGUACUGCCAGACCUGCAGACCCUGUAUGAGCGCUUGUUGGUGGCUGAGGAGUUGGGAGGGCAGAUCAGCAGGGAUUUCAGAAGCAUCCUGGAGCAGCUGAGGAACAUCUAUAAAACUGCCAACAUCAUCUAUCCCACCAGUAACACUACCACCACCACCAUCUCCACAGACGCUUGAAGUAAACCUACAGUCACACACUCACCGCUGUGAUCCAGUGAACCUAGUGGCUGCGGCAGCACUCUCUUUCAGGUGAGUUUACUCAGGGGUGCCCGGGGUAUACGAUUCUCGCUACCAGGAGGCGUGUGUGUGACAGAUGUGUCAGCAGGGCAGGUCUGGUACCGCUGUGUGAAUCAUUGAAGUAUUUGGCCAAGAUUUUCACUGUCAGACAGGGUGUUUCUUACAGACCGGUUCUAUUCUGCAAUUCUUCUCUACGCACUCAUUGGGUUCCCUCUUGGGUUAUUUAAAGAUUCGUAGUUUGGAACUCAUCUUUAAAAAAGGGGGGGAGUGAAUGUGUGAAAGAAAAAAUAAAUAAAUAAAAAACAAAAAAACAAAACAAAAAAUAAAAUUAUAUAAAAUAAAAUAAAUAAUUAAUAAACUGAGUAAGUAAAAGGUGUGAAUGCCAAACGGAUGAUCUGGGAAGGCAAUAAAACAGGCCGCUCUUAGAGGCAUUGAAGGGUUAAUUUUUUUUGGUUCUCAAGUAAGUCUGUAACUGUCUUUCCCCUAGCAGCCAGCUUCAAGGUCCUUUUUUCUUUCCUCUUAAUUGUGGCAGAAGCGCUCCUAAGAAUCCAGCCAAAAUAUUAAAAAGCACAAAGAGGCCAUUUAGUUAUUAUAGCUGGGGAAUCCGGGUUAAAGAAUAAAUAUGGGUUCUAACAAUAGCAAAACUUCUGAGAAUGAAAAAUCAAAUCUGCUAUCACCUAUGUUGAAAUCCCCUAAUAUAAACUACAUGAUUACCAAUUAUGGUAAGCACAGCAUUGACCAGCUGGACAUCUGGGUAAAAGAAUUUGGUUUUCCAUCAACCGGCAGCUUCUUUCUCAGACAGAUAGAGAUAUUAAAAGGCAAAUUAGAAGAGAAAGAACAAGUCACUCAAAAGAAAAGAAAUAAGCAAUUUAAAGCAGACUAGAAGGCUUAUGCUUGUUGGCAACAUGAAGCCCAUAUCAGGGAUAAAAAAAAUAAAUAAGGCAGGGACAGAUCAGCCAAACACCUCUGUGUCUCAGUAUGUCCCACAGUGGGCCAAGCUGGAUCUGGACCUGGACUCGGCACCCAUCAAAGGAAGUCAGCCUCAACAACGAGCAGCAGCAGCAGCAGCAGCAGCAGUUACAGCAGCAGCACCAGCAGAGGCACAGCCACCAACUGCAGCCUCAAUAUACCCGGACGAGGCAACAGGAGGACAAGGAUCAUUCAUUCCCACACCUCCAACACCCAAAGAGGCCUACAAAUCACAUUGGGGUGGCCCAAACACCCCCAAUCGCCCUUCCAGCCCUCAUCGCACUCGAAGCAACAAAGAAUUCCAGCCCAGAUCAAACUCCGGCACCUCCUUAAAAGUGAUUGCACCGAUGAUGGAGGUGGCAGCAGGAGAUGGGACCUCACAACUGAUUUUCAGACCAUGGACAUAUGCUGACCUGAAAGAAGCCGCACAAUUUCUCCCCUCUGUUCGGGAUUUCCUACAGCGGAUAUAAGGCUGAAACAGACAGAGUGGGACCAUGCUGAUAACAUACCGUAUAAGCAGGCUGUCACUGACCUCUGUGACAAAAUAGAGACUCUUUUUCCCCUGAGAAUGGAUUUGGGAAAGAUAACAGCCUGCAAACAAAAGGAUGGUGAGACUGUAGUAGAGCAUUUGGCCAGGCUCACAGAGAUCCAUAAUACACACAGCGGAGUGAAAAAGCCUGAAGCUAUGAGGGGUAAUAAUACAAUCACCCCCUGGGAAGUACAUCUACGUGACCGUUUCUUCAAUGGCAUCCACCCUGAGAUUGCGGACAUGGUGAAACGCGACUGCGUGACCUGGGAGUAUGGUAACCUGGAGACCAUAGAGAGACACACUAUCCAUGCAGAAAAAUUCCUCAAAUAUGAGCAAAGGAAGAAAAGUACACAGCUGACGGACAGAUUACAGAUGGCGCAGCUGAGGGCGUAUGAGAAUCAGAACAGAGGCCGAGACCAAGGCCGACGGGGACGUGGAGGAAGAGGAAGAGGAAGGAGUGACGCUUGUUUCAAAUGUGGCAAAAUGGGACAUUGGGCAAAAGAUUGCCCCAAGAAUCACGAGCAGGCUGAUUGACUAGAUGGGGUGUCGACGCCAGGUCGGGAAGGAGCUGCCUUGAACACUGAACUGGAGAUGACAGAGCAUUCUUCACAUCAGUUACGUAAGAGCACCCACACUGACACAAAAGAGCAUGCGAACACACAAGACACAGACAACUGCCUGCAUGAGACACCGACACACACACAGAAAUUGAUAAGUGAGGCUAUCUCUUACAUUGAGCACACACAAGCCACUUAUGACAAAGCCCCAGCAGAGAUAUACACUGAAUAUACACAUGAUGCAUACAAACGCAUACCUGAACACACAAUCAAUGUUGCUGGAAAAGAUAUUGUUUUUCUUGUGGAUUCUGGUGCGACUGAUUCUGUCAUCAGAGAGUCAGAAUGUGCAGUCCUUCCAAAGAUGAGUGGCAGAUUUGUGAGGACAGUAGGAGUUUCAGGAACACCCCUGAUGGAAAGCAGGAUACAUGGGAAUGCUUGGGCCCCUGGACCAGACGUUGUGAGGAAGCUGCUGGUUGGAUAAAGACAUCAGACUCAGCCAGCGCAGGAGCCGUGGAGAGGGAGAACAGUUCUCUGAAAAACAAGCUUGCUAAGUGUUGUGAUGAGACAGGGCUGCCCUGGACAAAAGCACUGCCCAUUGUUCUGAUGUACAUGAGGUCCAGGAUAAGAAGCAGGGGGGGUCUCAACCCUUUUGAAAUCCUAUUUGGCAGACCAUUAAACACUGGUAUUGGGCCAGUGAAAAGACAACUUCCUGACACCAGCCAAUGUGAGGAUGAGAUGCUACGCUAUUGCACAAACUUAUCCUCUGUGCUUUCUAAUAUUCACAAACAGGUGAAGGAAGCCAUUCCAAGGGCUGCAGAGAGAAAACUGCAUGACUUGGAGCCUGGUGAUUGGAUCGUGGCGAAGGAUUUCAGACGGAAGAACUGGCGGGCUCGCAAGUGGAAUGGUCCCUACCAGAUCUUGCUCACCACUGAAACAGCUGUAAAGGUGGCAGAGAAAGCUACUUGGAUCCAUGCCACCCACUGCAAACGAGUACCCGAGCCGGGGCCAGAAGCCAGUCACCAGACAAAUGAGAUCGAGAUCAGUGAGUGA